AUGACAUCCCUUCCCCGGGCGCCGCCUGGGCACUUCAAUAUUCUGUACUUUGCCAGUGCCAGCUCUUUUACGUCAAAGGGUUCCGAGUCACUGCCAGCGCCGCUUCCUCUUAGCAAACUCUUCUCAGUCCUCGAAGAGCGCUACAGUGGGAUCAAGGCCAAAAUUCUCGAUUCUUGCCUUGUCACCGUCAACCUAGAAUACGUAGACAUGCCGUCAGACCAAGACUAUGCUGAUUACGGUAAUCAAACGAUCAUCUCGGAAGGUGACGAAGUUGCCAUCAUUCCACCGGUCAGCUCCGGCUAG